AUGCACCUUAUCAGUAAAGUUAAUACAGAUUUUAUUUUUAACAAAAGAAGAAGACGAACAAUAUCUUUUGAUUUUCAAAACGAAAUAACAAAGUCGAAUGAUAUUCAAAUAAAUGUUAUAUCAGAAACAAGUAUAGAUAAUCAUACACCAAGUCAUACUGAAACAAUUAUUGAUAAUAAUAAAAUUUCGUUAUCACCAAAUAAAUUAGAUCUUCAUCGAAAUUUAAAAGAACGACAUAUGAUUAUGAUUGCAUUAGGUGGAACAAUCGGUACUGGAUUAUUUUUAGCUUCUGGUCAAGUAUUAGCAUCAUCAGGACCUGGUGGUUCUCUUAUUUCCUAUCUUAUUGUUUCCAUUAUGGUUUAUUUUGUUAUGACAAGUUUAGCUGAACUUUCAACACAAUUUCCAACAAGUGGUUCAUUUAGUACAUAUGCAAGUCGUUUUGUCGAUGAAGCAUUAGGUUUUACAUUAGGUUAUAAUUAUUAUCUUGCUGGUGUAACAGUACUUGCUGGUGAAUUAAUAGCUGCCGGAAUUAUUAUACAAUUUUGGUUACCAUAUUUUCCAACUAUUAUUUGGUCUCUAUUAGGAAUGAUAAUAAUGGUUAUAUUAAAUGCAUUUACAGUAAAAGGUUAUGGAGAAGCUGAAUAUUGGUUUGCUAUGAUUAAAGUUUUAACUGUUAUUAUAUUUAUAAUAGUUGGUUUAUUAAUUGAUAUAGGUAUACUUGGACAUGUUAAAAUUGGAUUUCAUAAUUGGAAAAUUGAUGGUGCACCUUUUUAUCAAGGUAUAAGUGGAAUUAUUGCUAGUUCAAUUGCUUUAGCUUUUGCAUUUGGAGGUACAGAAUCUAUUAGUAUAACAGCAGGUGAAUGUGCAAAUCCUCAUCGUGAUGUUCCACGUGCAAUGAAUGGAACUAUUUGGCGUAUUAUUCUAUUUUUUGUUGGAUCAAUUAUAAUAAUGGGUCUUGUUAUUCCAUAUAAUGAUCCUAGUUUAGGACAUGAUGGUAUUAAAAAUGCAGCUGUAUCACUAUUUACACUUGUUUUUGUUAAAUCAGGUCUUAAACCAGCUGUACAUAUUAUGAAUGCAGUUAUAUUAACAGCAAUAUUAUCAGCUGGAAAUUCAUGUCUUUAUGCAUGUACACGUAUGUUAUAUGCUUUAGCUAAUGAAGAAAAAGCUCCAAAACAAUUUACAUAUGUAAAUCGACGUGGUAUUCCAAUAUGGUGUCUUAUAUUUACAGUAUUAAUAUCAACAAUAUUAUUUGGUUUAUCAUUUAUUGGUAAUAAAAUAAUUUAUCGAUGGUUAGUUAAUAUAGUAGGUGUAAUGGGUUUUAUAGCUUGGUUUGGAAUAUCAUUAUCUCAUUGGAGAUUUCGUCGAGCAUUUAUUUUACAAGGUUAUUCAUUAAAUGAUCUUGUGUAUAAAUCAUUAUUUUUUCCAGUUGGAUCAAUAAUAGCAUCAUUAUUAACAUGUAUAUUUAUUUUUGGACAAGGUUAUUCAGCAUUUACAACACAUCCAUUUAGUUUUAGUAAUUUCUUAGCAGCUUAUAUAACAUUACCUUUUUUUUUAAUUAUUUUUUUUGUUUAUAAAUUUGUUAAAAAGACACGUUUUAUACCUUUGAAAGAAAUUGAUCUUGUAACUAAUAAUAUUAUGUUUCAUCAAACAUAA